CAAGAAAGAGUUUUUGUACCUCACGUAUAUUUUUGAAAACGUUCAUAUUUUCUGUACCUAUACUAUAGCAAUCUAUUUUUAUCGAUAUUUCAUAUUAUAUCCGUUUAUAUUUCGGAAAUAAAGUGUUGAUAUUCAGUUGGUGACUAUUUUUUGCGUUCUUAACUAUACUAUAUUGAUGUGUUUAUAUCAACUACUGUAGGGUCUGUUUGAUAAAAAUUAUUUUUCUAAAUACCUACUUAUCAAGGAAAUUUCUCUGUAAAUGUAAAUCUAUCCAGUUUUACAACUGAAAUUAGAAGAUUAAGUUGCAGAAGAUGGCGCCGACAAAAUUCGGACUAUUCAAGUCCCGAAGCCGUGAGCAGCCGGAACAACCCUCUAUGGAGAAUCUUAUAGAGACCACAGCUGAAGUUGAGCAUUACAAGCCCCCGGACUCCCCUGUGCCGUCGACGAGCAAGGGUUUCAUGGGGAAUGAUGAUAUGCUCCCAGCGAGCAUAUUCUCCAUUCUCAACAUAGAUGACGACGAUGACGAUGAUGAGAUAAUAUUCAACGAGCAACAAAAAUCUCGGCCGGCGAGUCAGUGCAGCAAGUUGGAAGAGCAACAGCAGGGCGACUACCUGCAGUUACAGAACCAAUCAUCCGGUACUUCUCUCAGUACACUCGAAGACCUCGACCAGAUAUCUGAGCUCCACGACGAGCCCAACACCGCAGCACUGGAGGAAGACGCGUCCACCACUUACGAUGCCAACUCGCUGCAAUUUGACGAGAGCUCCAUAGCGGAUAGUGAGGAUAUGUCGAUGUACUGUGCUAUGCUGAAGAAGCCCAAGAAGAGCAGGUCCAAGGAACAGCAAUUGACUGACUUCGAUAUGUGGCAGGCCAGUAACGUCGAGGUUAUGCAGAACCUGCUAAGCCGCAGCGGGACUCUAGACGAGCAGAUCAAGUGGGAGGCAAUAGCCACCGCACGGGGCCUGUGCACCCUCACCGACAGCUGCACCUGCGACGACUGCACGGGGGCGAAGUUCCUCGCCGGGGUCACGGACGGCGACGGCGGCAUGGGUGCUGCACCCCUGCUCACCGCCAUCAGCGUGGGCUGCCAGAUACAGUAACUCUGAUACUGCUGACUCGCCAGGGAUUCUGUACUUUUUGCGACAUCUGGCUCAGAGUUGCGAAACAUUUGGCUCAUUCUAAGUUGACACUUGAUUCUGCAUUUUUUACAGCUGUUAGAAUCUCCAUGAUACGGCUCCAUACGGCUAGUUCAAGGAUUCUUUACUCUUUUGCGACUUCUGGCUUAGAGUUGCGAAACAUUUGAUUCAUUCUAGGUAGACAGACUUGAUUCUGCAUUUUUAACGUGUCCCAAAUACACAAUGAUUUUGUAUUUUUUUAAUUCUUUUGCGACAUCUGGCUCAGUUAAAGUUGCGAACAUUAGUUAAUUCUAUUUUAACAGACUUUAUUUUGCAUUGUAACGUGUGCAAGAAAGGUGUAAGGAUAUUAAAUACCAUCUUUUGCGACAGCUGACUCUUAUUGACCCAGUUGUCGAAAACUAAAAUAUUUUAACCGUAAUACAACUUGGCGAAACACUAGCAGAUUACUUCUAUGGAUAACCUCCAAAAAAUUUCUACUGCUCUUAAUAUAUGUCUUUUUAUGAACAUUGAUGUUGUGUCUAGUGAAAUAUAUAAUGUAUUCCUAAAUGUAGACAACUAUUCUAUAGGUAUAUACACGUAAAGCUGCUGGCGGCUUUUUGUACAUAAUCACAAACCCUCCAUCCUCCUAUCCAUAGCUCAGACUAAUUACAUAUGAACUAAAGCUUGGCAAAUUUGUCCGUAAUUUUUUGAGGAAGGGAGACGAGCUUCAUUCAACUACAAUUAAAGGCAUUUUUAUGGAGCUCUUUAACCAACGAACUAUGAAACAUUGAUUCUAUAGAGACAGAUUUUAUAAUCGCAUUAGAUCGUUGAUCAUAUACUUUGACAGAAAAGUAACGUCUCGCGAGACAGGUCCUUAUGUAAUUAGUCUGAGAUAAAUAGGUACUUAAGAACUUAUGUAUUUAUAUUUUCUUUAUUUCAACUGAUACGUUGGUAAUCGGGGUAACAUCCUCAGCUGCUGAUUAUGAUUGAAAUCUCAAGUCACAUUUAAUAGUGCUCACACUUGUACACUAAAAUAUAUCCUGACUAAUAUUAGCUUCGGUUUAAAAAAAAUGUCAUCACAACAUUAAUUUUUUAAAUUACCAGUAUAUUAAAAAUUAAAUAAAAAUAAAAUGAGUUCAGAAAUUAAAAAAAAAUAAUUUUCAAGCAAAACUUCUCAACGCACAAAUUAGAAUCGGAAUCAGAAAAUAUUAUUUUUUAUAUUUGAACUUGAAAAAUUAAACUUGUGCCAUAUUUUUUUUUAGUGUAAAUCCAUCGUUACAUACUUACAAAUUCAUUUCGUUUAGAUUAGAAACCUUCUAAGAGAGAAUAUUAUAAAACUAUUUUUGACACAAUUUCUAUGAUAUGGUAUUAUUAAUAAAAAGUAUAAUCAGUAACUGUUGUAAAUGGCCUAAUUGAUUAUAGGAAUGGUAUUUAAGGGCAUUCAUACAAUUGUUCCUAUUUCUUUACGACUAUUUUAUAACAGCCAAUUUAAACAGUACUAAAAAUUCAAACAAUAGCUGAAUUGCAGGCUUUGCGAAUGUUCAUUUUUAUUUAUUUAGUAUGUAUGUUUAUUCUUCGCAAAAAUUUGAUUGAUUAGCUUACAUUUCCAACUAUACUAAAGCCAAACUCGGUGUGUAAUGUUUAUCAACAAACAAAUUAAAAAUGAAGGUAGAAAACACAUGUCAUUUGAUACAGUAACCCUUUAUUUUUAAGGGUUACAGACAGACAUACAUGUCUUGGAGUAGUGUAACUUUUAGAUUUGAAUUUUAUUUUCUCAUUUUCUUUAAUAAAUUAUGUACUGCUUUUUUUUGCAUAAAAUGUUAUACAGAAGAUAUUAAUUAUAUCUUGUUCUAAGCUUAUUGAUAAAUUUUGUUGGCAUUAAUUUAGAAACAUAUGAAAAAAAUUUUAGGACCAUGUUAAUUAAAAUUAUUAUUAAGUGUAAAAUCACUAUCAAAAUGUAGUCACUAUCAUUUUUAAGUUUCUUGGCUUCAGUGUAGGUACCCUUUUUAUUAAUUUCUUACGUGUUUUUGCGAUUAUCAACAUAGUAAAAGUCCUAGUAAAACUUCUGGGACGACUUACUAAAAAUUAUUUUUAAAUAUGUCCUGACUAAGACCCUUUUCCCCUCCAAAUAAAUACCUAUGAAAUGUCUUUGUAGUAUGUGUAUUUGACUACCUAGAUUAUAAUUAUAAAUUAUUUUACUAACUUAUCUAUCAAAAGGAGUCCAUUCUACGAAAGUUGAUAUAUCGUUGAGUUCAAAAGUAUGUUACAUAGAUAUUUAAAAAAGGGAAUUUUUAAUUAAAAUUUGACAAACUUUUGUCCUCUAAAGGUGAACAAUUUUUAUUUAAUUAACUUUUUCAUUCAUUUCUUCUGGAGUUGGUCUGAGAAGAAAUUAAUUGCCCUACAUAUGUAGGAUUAUUAAUGUUAACGACUUUGAUCAAUGAAUAAAUUAAUUUAUCUUCACGGGGACCUCAAUGUGAUUGUGACUGAAUUUUCGCUAUUUUUUGUAAAUUUUUGAAAACUACACUAAAACUAACUUUGUUGCAAAAUUGUAACCCAUUUUAAGUGGUUUAAGUCGAACGUAUUAGCUGUUUUGGAGUGGUAAGUCUGAAUGAAUGUGAUAAACCCUAAUUUUUAAUCCAUUGUUUUGAGGUAUUUAUUUUAGACUUACUCGUACGGCAACCGGAAAAAUAAAAAUAUCUGUAUGAAUAGUCACUUCUUUUAUUUUAAUAGACUUUGAUUAUUAGAUUUGAUUUAGAGAAUUCGUUUAAACAUUUAAAUAUUCGUUUAUCUACAAUAUUAUUGAGGUCAAAGCAUUUACGAAAAUGUUGCUAAUAUUUUGCUCCAACGUCCCAUUUAUCACUGUACCAAAAUUCAGCGGUUUAGACGUGAAAAGGUAACAGACCGACAGAUUUACUUUCGCGUUUAUAAUAUAUUAGUUUAGUUAGAAGGUAAAUAUAGCCUCAACUUUCAUGAAUGGACUGUAGCGAAGCCUAGAUAUUAUUAAGACUGAAAGGGAAGGAUCAUUAUUAAUGACCCAAAAAAGAAAAGCCCUUAUAGAUGUAAGGGUAAUGGAAUGAUAAGUAAGAAACAAUUAAGAAGGAAGUAUGUACCUUGUCUUAUUUAAAAAAAACUUUAGUCGUUUACCUAUACUUAGUUUAUAGUUCCUAUAUUUUUCUUUGUAAUAAAUAGGUGUCUAUUUUAUAUAACCUUAGGUGUAAAUGUAAUUCUAGAUACCAAAAUUAAAAUUUCUAUUAAUUUUGGUAAAUAUCUACAGUUCGAUCGCAUAAAAUGGUUAAGUAUUUUUUAUUUUUUGUUAAAAUGUAUAGUACGUCAAAAAUUUAUAAGCCCGUGGCCAAAACUAGAAAUAACGUCACGGCGGUCGCCAUUUUGCAAAACAUUACAUUAUUUUAUAGAGUGCGAUAUCAGCGACACCCUCAACGGGUUUGUGGCACUACGAGUAUCAGUUUUCAUUUUCCCGCCAAUUUAAAACUGACAGACGCACAAUAGACAAUUAUUUUUUUUCGAUCUGAAUGGCAGGAAUUUACGCAUUAAAAAGUAUGGAAUAGAAGCUGGCGUUACUUUGUAGAGGUUCAUUAUAAAUAGUGAAUAAUUUAUUGUGCUUUUUGUGGAGUAUCUCCUGAGGACUCCGACUAAUUACAUAAGAACUAGUAUCGCACCCAAAUUCACGAAGAAAGUUGUCUAAUUUUUUGAAGAAAACGAACUUCGUUAAGGUGUUAAAAUCUUAUACUAAACUAGAAGUUGUUGACCGUUUUUACACCAUUCAACUACCCACACAAACUGGCAUACUUACGCAGCUCUUUAACUGACGAACACGAUUACAACUAUGAAACAUCGAUUCUAUAGAGACAGAUUUUAUAAUCACAUUAGAUCGUUGAUCAUAUACUUUGAUAGAAAAGUAACGUCUCACGAGGCAGGUCUUUAUGUAAUUAGUCUGAGCCGUGUGAAACGUGCGAGGAUUUUAUCGCAGCUGGGUAUCCUUGUCACUUGGAUUCGUGGGUUUUCACGGUUAUUAGCAAAAUAAAUUAGUCACUACUCAUAAAAGUGUUUAUCUUGAUUUAUAUGAAACAUUCUGGUGUAAUAAUAUGUUUAAAAUUUUCUUAACCUAAUUAUUAUUAAUUAAGUAAACAUUUUUUUAUAAUAGAUUUAAAUGUCGUAGAUACUGUACAUUUUAAUACGCUGUAAUUCGGUAACUUUGCUUUUUAAUGUAACCGAGGCAAUGGAUUUUUUGAUAAGUGAGAAAAUAGUUCAUUAAAAUAAUAAACUGUUGUAAUGGUUUAAAUAAUCUGUUAUUUAAACCAUUAUAACAUACUAUAAUUCAGAUGUGGUAUUAUAAUAAUUAAAUAAAUAAUAAUUAUUAACAAAUAUUCAUAACAUAAUAUUGAAUAAAUUGAAAUUAAACACACGCGCUAUAACUGAACACCACAAGCAAUCUCUUUUUUUUACUCUACUUUAUCUUUUGCUCGGCUCUGCACUUUUGGAUCUAUCUAGAGGUCUGUGUGAGUUUGCCGCGUGUGGUUAGUAUUAGAUUAUACAAUAAUAUUUAUAUUGAUAACGCUACAUGAGUAGACAUCGCUAUGAAUUUUCCAAUGUUUUUUUUUAAAGUAGGUAUCUUUUUUUGUUAGUAUAUUUUUUUCAUAUUUACAUCAUUUUAAUACUUACGAGGUUACAUUAAAAAGCAAAUAAAAGUAGAUACAUCGAUGUUACUUUUAAAAUAUGAGUAGGCUAUUUUGUAGAUGUAAUUUCUUACAGUGGAUAUUUUAUAUUGUUUAUGACUAUCGAUACUACGAGUAACUAAAACGAAGCCUUUUCUACAGUUCCUAUGAGUUUCUUUCUAUCGAAUUCUUUGUCAUAUCAUUAAUUAUUUAGUUUUAUAUUACUUAUUAUUUUAAAAGUCGAACUUUGUAAGCGGUGAUUAUCGAAAAUGAAGAGAGAAAUAGCAUGGAUACCUACGUCGCACUUACGCAUGUAUUACAUUCUGAAAAACAAAAAAGAAGAACGUAGAGAUUGGAGAAAAAAAGGCUAUUGAGGAAGUUUUACUUCCUUCGCUCAUCUUAUUUUUGAAUUUCGUUGAACUAUGAUGAUAAAUAAUUUAAUCCGCUACCUAGUCUGAGUAAGCAACCUUUUGACGUUCAUCUGUAUUUUGGUAUUUUAAUAUUAAUAAAUGAUUUAGCUAAAGGCCCCAACGGUGAUUUUAACAAAUGCGGGGGAUAUGCUUAAAACUCAAAACUGUGUAAACACUUGAUACGAUUUAUUUAAAAAUGUAGCAAGAAAACUUUUUAAGACUAAGCAGAAUAUACCCGACCCAGAUACAAACGCAGAGAUAAUAAUAAUCGGAUCGCUUGAGAAACACAGUAUUUAUGUAGGUAGUUUAAAAAUAUAUUUUACAUUAUUACUAGCAGUGGAAUUCAUAGACGUUGUUGGGAUCAUUCACCGGCUGAGUGUGAAAUUAUCAAACAAAUAGAGGUUAAAUUUGACAUUCAGCGGCUGAAUGAUCCCCUGUUAGUGCCCCUACAACGUCUAUGAAUUCCACUAUUAUACUUCAUUUAUUGUUGGAAAUAGUAGUCUUGGACGGAUGUGACGUCACUCGAUCUCGUGGUGGCUCGUGCCGACGCGACUUGUUUCGUAGAGAGAGAUUUAGAGAGGGGUAGCCAUCGGUUGGCGGGAACGACUUGCGAUUCGAUUUAUGGCGCUCGUCGUGCGGUUAUGGGUUACUUGGGAUAGGCGGGGAGAGUGACUUGAGUGGAAAAGUGGAGUGUUGGUUAACUAUGAAAGACGUCUUUAACCCUACACACAACGUUCAUAAGUGCGUGACUUCAUUCGAGGUCAUUCUCUGCCAUUCUAGGGUCUUAGUUUGGUUACACUUUGAUUUGUUAAUUAAGUUGUCCUGACAAAUAUUGUGAAUCAUAACCUGCGACAUUAGUUUUCUUAUUGUUUGUAAAUCACUUUGGAGUCUGCUAAAAUUAUAUUUUUGUGUUUACGCUCUCAACUUCAUUUUCGAAAUCCCUAUCGCCAAAUACUUAAGUAGGUAUUUUAUGCAAAAGUAGUGGGUACAAAACAACAAAACUUAACUAUUAAUCAGACGACAGUGUAUUUGACUUGUAUGUGUACUUAUAUAAUUGUCUUAUUAGAUAUUUACAUCAUAUGUGUUGUAGUAGAUCAGUACCUAAUGGAUUUGGUUGUACAAAAAUCCUACAUUAUAACUGACUGAACUUUUCUGUUUGUUUUAGGGUUCAUUUACACGAGCAGCAGACUGUAGUCGAGUGCACUCUGCAGUAGAGAGUGUAACUGAGCUAUUAGCGUCGCUUUAGGUAGAUAUAUGACAUGCCGCCGUUACUUCACCGGCUGCCGUCGAAUGCCGCCGAAACGUCGUCGACUGCAGUCGUUGGUAGCAGUUGCCUCUGCCGUUGGCAACGUGCUGCUCGUGUAAAUGAACUUACUCGUAUGCGGACAACAGAUUUUCCGUUUUAAGUGUACAGUUCUAUUUAAUCAAAAUUUCUAUUCCGCUUUUUUAACGAUGAUUCUUUCGCCAAUUACUCGUCUUAUUCGAAUUUCGAAUUUAUAUCUAAAUCCUAUAAAAGUCAAAGUCAAAAUGUCACUAACAACGAAGUUGCCAUGGAAACGAACGAUGUUAUGGCGCUGUACAGUGCCCGCCACGAGAUAUUGUGUUUGUGAAGUUAGCAACAUAUGACUGCGCAAUUAAUCAAUAACGGUACAAAUAUUUAUUUAUUUAUUUAGAAAGGAAAACUUACAGCUAAAUACAAAAAUAACAACAUAGAAAACAGAAUAUAGCCAAUUACAAGUUUUCGCAAAUAAACACAUAUUAGGUAGCAAGCUCGCAAGGAAAACAUACAAUUCAUAAUCCAAUAUGAUAAAAAUAAUAGAUAAAUUAAAAGAAAAGGCGAAAGAGAAAAAAAAACAACAAAACUUAAUUGAUGAGAUGCGCAUACUCAUUCCGCAGCUAACUUCACAAACAUAAAGAUCCGUGGCGAGCACUGUAACUUUACAGAAUGCAGGGACUGAUGGUGCCCGAAGGCAGAAAGAGAAUAGAUGGAUGGACUCUCUAAUGCCUAGUUCGGACUACUUUAGUUUUUUUGGAUUAACCACCCAAAAAUUGUUUGUACUCGACUAAAAUACUAAAGCAGUCUAUACGGGCUUUAAUGCCUAGUUCGGACUACUUUAGUAUUUUAGUCGAGUACGUAAGAUUUUUUGACUAAACUAACUAACUAACCAAAACUAAACAUGAAGCGUGGCAUGACCGAUUUUUUUAAACUAAUAAAUUCGGUGAAUUAAGAAAUCGUAAAAAACUAGAAAUAUCUCUUUAUUACUGUGCCUAGUUAAACUGUUUAAGUUAGGUAGGCAAGGUGGAAGUUUCAGAAUUUAGUUUAGUCUAUAGUUAAAGUUCAGGAUUUGUGUACGACCAAUCAUCUUCUUGUGUACGUUUUUGUAUUCGACGACAUUUUCAUAACCACUACAGUUCGAUGUUCAGAUUUCAGUUUUAUAAAAUACCAAAUAAAAAAACCCGAAAACUCGAAAAUGUCGUACUUUACAAAGAAGUAGAAUCAGACUUAAAUAGUUUGUAUGUUCGUUGUUACAUAAAUCAACGCUCCAAUUAUUAUUUUAUACACAAAACUUUUAACUGGACACAACAAAACUGAUCUGUAGAGACUAAAUAUCAUGCCGUCCUUUUCCAUAACAGAUAUUGUGAAAAGGAUAUGAGUAUAUUUUUAUGCUAUUGAUUUAUAGUUUUGUGUAUAAAUUAUAAAAUUGAUGUCAUUAUAUCGAUAAUCGUUGUGUUGUACUUAAUAAAUAUUUGUGUUGUAAAAUGAGA